AUGUCGCAUACUACAGCAACAUAUGAACAACAGCAACAAAAUUGGGCACUGCAUGUGGAUUAUGAACAGCCAAUAGUUGUCGAAAAAGCAGCACCAGUACCAGUGGCUGCAGAUUUAGUACCAGUUGCUGCAACAGUUUCAGUAGCUAAUGAUUUAGUAGUAUUUGUUGCAGUUGCAUUAGCAUCAGUAUCAGGUCAGAAGCUUCAUGUAGUACUACCUGACAACGAAAGGCAGAUAGUAUGUGGUCAUGCUUACUACCUACAAGAUAAUUGGAGACAUAGAUACCGGAGUCCAAGAGUAGAAGGACAUGGUAGAAACGGAAGAUUUAUUAUAUUUGAAGCUUUUUAUGCUGAACUUGAAAACGAGGAGGUAGAGCCACAUCAAGAAAAUAAAAGUCUUGAAUGCCCUGCCAUCACCUUUUCUGCAGAGUAUGCAUUGAGAGGUGGAUGUGAAAGGGUUGAAGAGUUUAUCCGUUAUGCAGAACUAACAUCAUUAUGCUACAAAACUGAUCUCAAGAAUAGUGAAUCAGCAGUACCCAAAGGCAGCCACAGAAUAUACCAGUACUAA